GGAGGCUGUUGUGCGCAUCUUUGCUCUAACUCUAUUCUCAAUGUCAAUUUUGCAGACUUGGUUACAGUUUUUUUCGUUGAAGUUUAAUGAUUCUGAUGGAUUUUCUUGGCAGCGACAGCGAGGCUCUAGUACUCUCUAAUCGUCGAUCACGAGAAUUACUAUUUCCACAGCAGCGUGCGGCCAUGCAGACUCAAUCGUGAGGUGGAGGGGUAAAAAAAAGUCAAACUCUGCCAGAAGCAGAACAUUCGGCUCGAAGUGCGCAAGGGCAAUGGUGUUCGUCUUUUCCUCAUAAAGCUUUUUCACAGAGGCAGAGCAGUCUGAAGACGAAGUAAAUGAUGGGAUAUGCGAGGGAAACUCAAACUACUGUUUGACUCAUCAGUGAUGCUCAUGCUAAGUUGCCAAGAGGGUAAAAACUUUCUCAAUUCGCGUACGUACUUAGAUCAAAAGUCUGUCACUUAGUCUGUUCUUUGUUAUAAAUGCAUUGUUUAGGAUGCUGCGGCCACACAGAGCCAGAGGGGACUUUACAAGUAGUUGCUCGGCGAAAGUUCGGCUUCAACAGUGCCUAAGAGACCAGACAAAAGCCAUGCACCGGAGCCGCAAUGCUGACGCAGAUACGUGAUUGCAGUUCUCUUGUUUGUGCAAUAUACCCCGCUUUUCUUUGCAUGCUAGGUCCCACAAGGAGAAGCAAAUCUAUCCGUGCGUCAUUGAUUUUGAUGCCGUGUUAUUACGGUUUGUGUUCGGAC